AUGGAGAACAUUUCUACAGCGGUAGCAACCGUGGGGAAACUGAAACCUGAGAUUCGUCUGGCUCAAACCAUUUCAGAAUUCAGCGUUUCUCUCAAGCGCCGUCGAGAUGACUCUCACAUCCGCUUCAAGAACUUGCAGACAAGAAGUCCACCAACCGCCAUGGAGGUUUUGCAAUUAACAGAAGAGAUCAAUCGAGAUGGGGCUCACCGUCACCGGUCUUGGAGGCCCAACGCCACCCGUCUCGUCACUGUUCUGGAGAGAAUUUGUCAAUUUGCCCCUAUUGGCGACGUCCUUGUUGGAGGCGCCCAAAACCUCUUGGCGUCUGGGGUUUGGGCCACGGUCAGGAUGACUCUGGAGAUAUCACUGAGCUUCCUGUCAUAUUUCGACAAAGUUUCAACUCUUCUGAUGAGGAUUGGUAAAUCGUCUUCUCUCCACAAGGAUUUCGCCUUGCUGUUUCCCACCUGUCGCCAGACUCAGGCGUACAUGUGCGAGUAUGUCAUUGUUUUCAUCAAAAUAUGCAAAAAGAUCACCAUCGACGCCCAUAAAUCAUUUGCGUCUCACCUCGCAACGUCUUUCACUUCCACCUUCGACUCGGUCUUCAAACCACUGGAAGACGACUUGCGAUCAUGGGGUCAGUUGAUUGAAAAUCGCGUAGCAGUACUCGUUGCAAAGGCCAAUGUUGAAAGCAACUUGUCUUCUAUUGAGAGAUUCAGCCGAUUCCAGGUUAUGAUUUCCCGCGAUGCCGCUCAUCGGGACCGAGAAACGCGUGCGCAUCGACUUUUUGAAGCCUUGGCUCCCAAUCAGAAGGAGUUCGAGUCCAUUUGGACGAGGGAGCGAAAGAAGGGGACCUCUAGUUGGAUCCUAAACGACAAGAGCUACCAAGAGUGGCUGGGCACAAAGACUUCAGCAACGUUGUGGCUGCAGGGUAAUUUGGGGUCUGGAAAGACUGUCACCAUGGCCUCCGUGGUGGCAGAUUGUUUGAUCGCACAUAAAAAUCCUGCUGAGAGUCAGUCAGCCACUUUCCUUGUCUUUUACAUCUCACGGUCCUUUCACAUGGUUUGGUCCGAUUGA